CGAACAUCUCUCGUCGGAUUAUUCACAAACCACGUCUUUCAUCUGCUUGUUUUCACGGUCGGUUCUGAAGACACGGAGUUGGUGGACGGAGAAGUGCUCCCUUUGUCAGUUUCUGGAUGAGUGUCUACCGGCCACAUCCGCUGCCAAUUUCAAGAGCAUGACAAGUGGUUGUGGUAACACAGGGCAGCAAGUGCAGCCUGAUCGAGCUUGAGCCUGUCCAAGAAUGCACCAGCUCUUCCGCUUAGUGCUGGGUCAGAGAGACCUGUCCCGUGCAGGAGACCUCUUCUCUCUGGAUGACAGCGAGAUUGAAGACUGUUUGUCCCAAGCCCUGGAGGAAAUCAAAAUCAUAUCCUGCUCUCCAGACUACCUGACCAGUGACAAUGACCAGGCGGUGGUGGAGAUCUGCAUCACGCGCAUCACUACCGCAAUCAGGGAGACGGGCUCGAUCGAGAGGCAUGGAGCAGCUCUCGUGUCAUUGUGGGAGUCGUGUCUAGAGCACAACCUCCAGCCGCAGGGCAAAGAUGAGGACACGCCCCAUGCCAAGAUCGCCUCUGACAUCACCAGCUGUGUCCUACAGAAUUACAGCAGGGCUCCAGUGAUGGCGUUAGCAGUCCCAGUGGCAGUGCGGUUCUUGCAGCAGGGAAACCAAGAGUUGAGCAGGAACAUGUCCAGCUACUUGUCGCUGGCUGCCAUCGCUAAAGCUGAACUCCUGGCCCAACAUACAGAGGCCAUCACCUGCAGCGUGCUGGGAGGUAAUGCCAUGCUGUUGAGAGUGCUGCCAUCUGUGUAUCCACGGCAACCAGAGCCCAUUCACCAGCACAUCUGUGAACUGACGGCGAUGAUGCCACAGCUGGACCAGGCUGGCAGACAGCACCUGCUCAGACUACUGCAGAUGAUCUCUGAACUUCAUCCACUGGUGUUGUCGUCUUUGGUGCCAUCUCUGAUUGGCUAUCUCAGUGACUGUGAUUUGAGUGACGCUGCCCUGGGCGUGCUGGUGAAUGUUGCUCAGGCUUGCCCCGCCCCUCUCGCUCCCUACCUGUCCACGCUAAGAAAUGUUGGUCAGAAGAACCCUCUGUUGCUGGGACACAUUGCCAAGAUCCAUGGAGCAGUGGGUCUGACUAGUGAGGUCCAAGCUCGAGGGGCUCUGCAGUACUUGGUGUCUCUGUUAGCGAGUAUGGAGCACAGCGUCCAUCACACACUAGUACUGGAAAUCCGUUGUCUGACUGAUCGCUACACCUCCAUCCUGGGCAGAGGGGGAAAAGACAUUUACCGCAUGAGCAACAGUUUCACCGCCAUCGCUCGACUGCUGGGACGCAAGCUGGAAGCUGACAGUGCAAUGAGCAGAGGAGAAGAGAAGCUGGAUUUGUCCCAAUUGUGUGAGUCUAGUUCUGAAGUGUUUGCUGGGAGCAAGAGUCUGCAAGUGAAGAUCCAGGCAUUUGAGCAGAAGAUAGGUGAGGAGGGGGCGGAGUCUGAUACAGAGGGCGGGUCUUCAGGACCUCAGAGACGCCACAGUCUAAGCCAAGCAGCACGAGACGAGCGCAGAGAGAUGAGAUUCAACAGGUCAAAAAGUCUGGCUCUUCACGCUGUACGCACACAAUCCAUUAACACUGACAGCAGUCCAGAGGGAGAGGGGGUGGAGCUGAGUUCAGAGCCCAAUCUCUGUGAGGCCAGUCCCAGCCCUGUCUCCUCCACCCUGGAGGAGAACCACACACAACCCACAGAGAGUAAACUUCAGAAGGUGGAGUUAGGAGACCCUAGGGAGGGUGAUCGACUCUGGACCCACCUGAGAGACAACAUGGAGGAAAUCAAAACUUUCUGUGCAGAAAUGAUCAAACAGAUCCCCAUACCUGAUCACUGUGUCAUUGAAGAUUCGCAUCGUGGCUGUGUAGCCAAGCUGUCAUUCUCCUGUCUACUGAAGGGACAUUACUGUCUCUAUGCAAAGUCCUGUUUCUCUCUGUGCAGCCGUCAGCCACACCUGUGGAUCCAGAUCAUGCUGUUGGCACUGCAGAGUAAAGUGAGUGAGGCUCUGUGCUGUCAGGAUGAGUGUGUACAGCAGUUGAGGAAACUCUGGGAGAAAACACAGCUGACAGGAGCACACAGCUUUGAGCUGGCCAUGACUCAGACGACUGUUCCUCACAAGAAGGAUGUUGACAGUUUGCAGAUCUAUCUGGAGGAGGUCCGUUUUUUUUAUUUGUUCAGCUACAGUGAAGAGGAGAGUGGAUGGCUCUGUUUCAUGUGCAGCAACCCGGAGAAGGCUACAGUUGUUAAUCAGGAUGGUCAGCCACUCAUUGAGGGGAAGCUGAAGGAGAAGCAGGUGCGCUGGAAGUUCAUCAAAAGGUGGAAAACACGCUACUUCACCCUGGCCGGGAACCAGCUCCUCUUCCAAAGAGGAAAAUCAAAGGACGAACUGGACAACAGCUCUAUUGAACUGAGCAAAGUGCAAAGCGUUAAGGUGGUUGCAAAGAAGAGGCGUGACCGUGGGCUGCCCAGAGCUUUCGAGAUAUUCACAGACAGCAAGACCUACGUGCUGAAGGCUCAGGAUGAGAAGCAUGCAGAAGAAUGGCUCCAGUGCAUCAAUGUAGCUGUAGCCCAGGCCAAAGAACGCGAAAAUCACGAGGCCACCACAUACCUGUGAUGUCUCACUGCCAAGUUAUCUCAUUAUGACAAUUCAUCAAACAUCAGAGACAAAAACACUGUCCCAAAUGCCACCCUCAGCCCUUGUGGUGUUUUUCCAGGUCCACACUUAUGACAUAACGCUAAUAGGACUGUAGUGUUAUUGUUCACUCUGAAGUGUGCACCAGUGCAGGCUUGGCAAAAGGGCACACCGAGGACACACAGCAGACAAAAAUCUGGUGUUUGUGAGCAGCGUCCUGAUUGAUCAAAUAAAUGGGACACCCUACAGUCUGAUGAACUUCAUGGAUGUGUGUGAACCUACAUCAAGUGCACCAGAUGGAACAGGGCCAAAGAGAAGGCUGAUAUACAAAGAGCAUAUAAAGAGGAUGAGCAAUGUUGAAUAUGUUGUCAGAUACCUGUGCUACUCUUCAAACUAAUGGUCGUUUUAUUGGUCAGAGGUUGGGAAACUAUUCUGAAUUUAAGAAUUGGCUCUUUUUCAAUUCAUGAGUUCUGAUUGACAGGAAGUGGAAUUCACACAACAGAGGAAUUUCAUUG